AAUGCAGAUAUAUUUGAAGCUGUUGAUGUUGGUAUAGAUGAAUUUAGCUUGGAUGGAUCUCCAAGUUCAAGCUCGAAGAUCACCAAUGGAUUGAUUCCUGGGCAAGGAGUUUCUGAAAUAACUUACAUUCACGUUUAUGAGUGUGACAAUUUCUCGAUAGGAAUUUUUUGCUUCCCGGCAGGCAGGACAUUUCCUCUUCAUGAUCACCCUGGGAUGACGGUUCUAAGCAAACUUCUUUAUGGUUCAGUUUACAUCAAAGCCUACGAUUGGGUGCGGGAGGAGAACUCUAGCCACAGAACAAGUACGGAUUUUAGUUUAAAAGAUAUAUUGAUCUUAUAUUAUAGAUCACUAAACAGUCUAUUACUGGUGAGAGGUGCAGAUGGAGUAGCAGGCACUGUGAUAGAUGGCAUCUUCAAUGCACCUUGUGAACCAUCCGUCUUGUUCCCAAGGAGCGGUGGAAACAUCCACUCCUUCACUGCCUUGACACCUUGUGCUAUCUUGGAUGUGUUAUCUCCGCCAUACUCGGAUGACUUUGGCAGGCCUUCCACUUACUUCUUAGAUUUCCCCAUCCCUUCUCUUCCUGGUAAUCAUCAAUUCAAUUACAACAUUUCUCUUUUGGAUUAAAAUUUUCCAUUAUUUCUUCCUGUAUUUAUUAUUUUCUUGACCCAGGUUAUGUUCUGCUUGAGGAAAGAGAACUAAAACAACCAUAUGACUUAGUUGUUAAAGGGGCACCCUACCUUGGUCCUCCGAUUGAUGUUGCAGAAGAUCUUUGCUAACUGGAGCUAUAAGAAUUCCCUACGAAAAUGAAU